AUGUGCCGCCUCAUGGCCUACAUCGGCCACCCCAUGCUGGUGGCCGAUGUGGUGCUGUGGCCUGACAGGUCCAUCAUAAAGCAGUCGUACGACGCGCGAGAGCGGCUGCAGGACCCCUCGCUGCCGUUCCACCUGGGCUUCGGCAAUUUGAACGGCGACGGGUUUGGCAUCGGCUGGUUCAACACAGAGGAGCGGCGGGAGAAAGACCCGAGCCCUUGCAUGUUCAAGAGCAUCACACCCGCCUGCCUUUGGGCCGACGGCCGCCGUUUUGGGCCGCGCGCGGUGCUGCAGCAUGGCAGCGCCUGCCGAAAUGCGGCUGUUUUCGCGGCCGCGGGUGUUGCGAAUGAGUACGAGGGGCCUCAGCUGGCAGCCGCGAACAACGAGAACCUGGCGCGCCUCUCAACCAAGAUUGUGUCCCCCGUGAUCUUCGCCCACGUGCGCGCCGCAUACCCGGGCAUGCCCGUGUCGGAGCAGAACUGCCACCCCUUCCAGUUUGGGCGCUACCUGUGGAUGCACAACGGCGUGGUGGGCGGCUUUAACUGCAUACGGCGGCAUCUGCUGGCGGAGAUGUCUGACGCGGCCUACAACACGGUGCAGUCGUUCCACUCUGACAGCGCCGUGUCAUUCAGCAUCUUCCUCAACCACCUGCCAGACCCCUGUGUGCAGCAGCCGCCGGACGUGCUGCUGCGCGCCAUGCAGGACACGGUGGCGACGAUCUGCCGGGUGCAGCGCGAGCGCGGCGUGGCCGACACGUCCCUGCUCAACUUUGUGGUGUCCGAUGGUAUCACCAUGAUCGCCACGCGCUUUGUGUCCCCAGAGAGCGGCAACGCGGCGUCGCUGUACUACGCAGAGGGCGCCACCGGCGAGGAGGAGGCGGCGGUGACCACCUGCCGCAACAUCGCCGGCUCCACCAGCGCGGUCGGCAGCAGCGUGCUGCGGGAAGCAGCUUACUCGAUCACCUACGGCGAGCGCGGCAGCGGCGUCGCGUUCAUCGCGUCGGAGCCGAUCACGGGGUCCAACACGGAUUGGGUGUCGGUGCCCAAGAACACAGCGCUCGUGAUCACGCGCGAGAAGGGUGGAUACAUCAACAUCAUGCGGUCGCCGCUGCUGGCGGCGCCGGCAGCUGCCGGGAAGCCGGACCCGGUGCAGCAGGAGGUGGCGGUCUGCCUGGAGCCGGCGGCGCGGCGCGGCGCGGCGCGGCGCGGCGCAGGGCUGUCCCUGCAGCACGCCGCGGCUGCGGCCGUCAUCAGGGGCAUCGCCACCCGCGGCCGCGCGUGGGUCGCCAAGCGCACCAGCAACAGCGCCAGCGGCGGCGGCGCGGGGCCGCUGGAUGCGCCGGGGGAAGGCAUGUCCUCUCUGACGCGCACACUGUCGGCCGGUGGGUUGAAAAGUUGGUGA